ACUGUUCUAGCCAAAGUUGUACAGAACUGGUAGUUUACGAAUGUAGCUGACAUGACAUGGUGUUUGUGUUCUUUGCUUUGCGCAACUUUAUUUAGAUGAAAACUCGUUUCAGCAAAAGAGCACAUGGUGGAGUGAUGGAGGCCAAGGAAGGUAAAGAAGAAGUACAAGUUGUGGAUGAUGCGAUUGCGAAUGAGGGCCUACAACAAGAUGUGGAUGAUGUCCCUGUUGGCCCAAAGAGAAAGAAGACAGUCAAACAUUCCCCGAGGAAAUUAUUGUCACCAACAGGAAUGUUGGAGUUGGCCAAACUAAAAGAACAGACCAAGAUGGAUCGACAGAAGAUUGAACACCUCGAGGACCGCAUUAAAUACCUGGAAGAGGCCAACAGUGAGCUAAAAAACGACAAGGAUUUCCUGCUUUCACAAAUUAAGGGAGCCCCCAGUGCACCUGCAUCUACUGGAAAGUCAGGUUUCAGAAAGACUGCUCACAUUCCUUCUUCAUCUUCACCUUCAAUGUCUCCACCCCCCUCCUCUUCAUCCUCAGACUUCAGCUCCUCAUCAUCCUCAGAAGAGGAGCAGCAGAAGAAGAAAAAGAAGAAGAAGGAGAAGAAAAAGUCAAAAAAAUACACUGACUCACACAGCCGUUCAAGAAUGACCACAACGGAUGGAAUCAUCCGCCGCUACAAGAAUGCCCUUAAGAGAUUCACCAAGUUUGGAUCCAUGAAAAAGGCCUUUGCCAAAAUUAAUGUUGACCGCAACACAAUUGCAAGAACAGCUAUAAUUGCUGAGCUAGCAAUCACAUAUCCUGAUACAUUUCAGGAGCUGCUCCCUACAGAUGAAGUCAAUGAGAAGAUCUCAGAAUUUGCAGGGCGCUGCAAGAGGGCUAUGACAAAAGAGAUGGCUGAAACGAUCACAGCAAAGAAAAAAAGUGGACAACUCCUCCCAAUAAUGUACAAGUACACCUAA